AUGCUGACUCGUCGCGCCAUUGUCACAGUAAAUCAAGUCUACUUGUCACCUUUGCGCAAUUCUCGUGCCUUUUCUUUAAAGCCUAAAAUUGGGUGGGAUGGGCCGGUCAAAGCUUCAGUACCAGGACAGGAAAAGGGGCUAGCGAAAGGCUUAGGAUUCGAACCAGAAGAACCUUCGUCAUGGCUUUACAAAGUGAUCCCAGGAGGAUUAUUGCCGGCGGCUAUGGUAAAAACCGGCAUGCUGAGUACGGUGGGCAUGCCCGCUAUGCUUGGUGCACUUGUUUUCUGGUGGUACCGUGUGCGGUUGCCAAUUCAAAAAUUCAAACCCUUUUUGGAUUUGGAGAAUCAGACGAGGAAACUUCCUGACGGCUCCAGAAUCUCAUCGUUUUUGAAGUCGGACGUGCUUCAGAAGACUGCGUUUCAGAAUGUCAAGACUUUGUACGAUGUGAUUCGGGUUGGUGCUGAAGCCUCGAAGAACGGGGACAUGUUGGGGCAUCGGGUGAUUCAGGAUGAUGGUACACAACCUUAUGUUUGGCUGAGUUAUAAGGAUAUGAUACAACAAUCGGAUGAUCUGGCACAUGCUUUUCGAAAAUUGGAGAUUCCACCUGGUGAUAAGACCAAUAUUGGCAUUUAUUGCAGGAAUCGACCGGAAUGGGUGGUUGUGGAACAUGCUGCUUAUGCUUUUAGGUAAGGUUUUAGUUUUUGAUAUUUUAGAUGUUGACUUUGGUUUAGCUUGGUCUUGCACUGAUCUUACUCUGGUUUAGUCUUGGCUUUCUUCGAGCCUUAUCUUAACCAGAGCUUUAUCUUUACUUUGGUUUAGUUAAAAAUGAAUUGAAGUACAGUUGUUGUAACUUUUUAUACAAUUUUUAUUUUUUGAACUUUUAGCAAUGCUGUGGUCCCCCUCUACAACACUCUGGGUCUAGGAGCUGCGACUUACAUUCUGAACCAAACAGAAGCACAAAUCGUGAUCUGUGAUUCGAUGGAGAAGGCGGACAAGAUCCUCGAAACCAAUGUUCAAUGUCCCAAAGUCAAGUACAUUGCCGUUUGUGAUUUGGUCGAUUUUUCGGAUCUCAGAAAGCGAAACUUCAAAGAUCACGGAAUCCAAUUGUUUUCAUUCCAAGAACUUUUGGAAAUUGGACAGGCGGAGAAACGAAUUCCACAUGUCAAACCGGAAAGUGAUACGGUUGCGACAAUUUGCUACACAAGUGGUACUACUGGCGAUCCGAAAGGUGUGGUACUAACUCAUGGAAACAUUGUUGCUGAUACGAGUGUUAUCAUGUGUUAUCGACAUCUGAUGGAUGAUAAGGAUAAGGUGAGUGCUGGUAUGUAGUCUUGGUUGGCAAUAUUAGUAGAAAACAGUAGGGUAGGGUCACGGCAUGGUAAGAUAGGGCUGAUAGGACUAGAGGUUUCUUAAUAUUAUCAAAUUUUUUUUCAGGAAACAAUGUUCUCCUUCCUUCCAAUGGCCCAUAUGUACGACAGAAUGCUACAAAACGUCAUGUUUCAAUUAGGACACAGAGUUGGCUAUUACAAUGGAAACCUCCUGGAACUUGUGAAUGAUAUGCAAGCAUUAAAGCCCACUAUCAUGCCAUGUGUACCUCGUGUCAUCAACAAAGUCUACGACAAAGUAAUGGCCGAAGUCAACUCGAAAUGGUACAAAAGGUUGCUGUUCAAAGUGGCAAUCGACUACAAGAUGAGGGAGCUUCAGGCGUGAGUUUGCAUUUUAAUUAAAAGGUUUUUUGGGUAAAAUACGGUCUUUCUAGGAUUUUACUUUAAAUAAAAUGUUAAAAAUCUUAAACUAAAAAAAUUUAAAUUUUGAAAAAAAAAUUUCCGAAUUUUAAUUUCAGUGGAAUUUGUCGACAAGAUUCAUUCUUCGACAAAGUGGUCUUCAAGAAGAUUCAAAAUUUGUUCGGAGGAAGAAUGAAGGUUGUUUUCACGGGCUCAGCUCCAAUUUCUCGGAACGUGCUUAGCUUUGCACGAUGCGCAUUUGGAUGUCAUAUCUUUGAAGGAUACGGUCAGACGGAAUGUGUAGCGGCUGCUACGGUAAGGAGGUUUUGAGAUUGGCUUUUGAAAUUGAUUUUAGGUCAUUUUUUAAGGUUUUGGGCUUAUUUUGUAGAGUUUUAGUCUUGUUUUAUGGGAUUUAGGCUUAUUUUUCAAAUUAGGCUUUUUUUAGAGCUUCAGGUGAUUCUCAACAUAUUAGGCUUAAUUUUUUAAUUUAAGCUUUAAAAUUUUAAAAAAUUGUAAUUUCAACACAAUUUCAGGUCGGAACCAUCGGCGACAACCGUCCAGGUCACGUCGGAGCCCCAAUACCUUGUUGUGCAGUGAAACUUGUAGACGUGCCCGAGCUGAACUACAUGGUAAAAGACAACAAAGGCGAAGUUUGUAUCAGAGGCUACAAUGUCACCCCAGGAUAUUAUAAGAACCCAGAAGAAACGAAGAAUGCCAUUGAUGCGGAUGGAUGGCUUCACACUGGAGACAUCGGACUGUUUGAAGAGCAGGGAACGCUGAAGAUUAUUGACCGAAAGAAACAUAUCUUCAAGUUGGCACAGGUAGGAAUUUUUUUUUAGGUUUGGUUUCGUUUUUAUGUUCAGUCUACCCCUACUUCUAACUAUAUCUUUACACAAGCUAGUUUUAUCGCUACUCUCACUAAACUAAACCAACACUAAUUUCAGGGUGAAUACAUUGCGCCAGAGAAGAUAGAGAACGUCUACACUCGUUCAGGCUACAUAUCCCAAGCCUACGUUCACGGUGAUUCACUUCAAAGCACGUUGGUAGCCAUCAUCGUACCGGAUCCAGAAACCGUGACUCGAGCAGCAGCCAAAAAGCUAAACUUAAAAGGACUGACAUUGGAAGAGUUGUGCCAGAAAUCAGAAGUCAGGAACAUGAUUAAAGAAGACAUGAGAGCAAUGGCUAGAGACUCUGGACUACAUUCAUUCGAACAAGCCAAAGCGAUUUAUUUGGAAAUUGAACCGUUUACUGUAGAGAAUGGACUGCUGACUCCAACUAUGAAAACCAAACGACCAGAGCUGGCAAAGAAGUAUGCGUAUGACAUUGACAAGAUGUACAGACGAAUGGUUAAGGAUGAAAAGCUUUGA